GUUAACUAGUCACAUAACCUUAACAAUGGCUAGCAGUACUGCUAAAACAGCUGAAUCUGAUUUUACUGUUGACAUCGAAGCUGGCCAUGUUGUGGCUCAACGCGUCGAUGAUGAAGAUCAUUACAAGAUCAUUGCGGCAAAGUUCUUCUCAAGGUCUCGUAUAGAUCUUAGUGAUGCCAUUUGUUCUGGUGAUAAAAUUUUCAAUGACCCGGAUGACCCUGCCAUUCAAUACAAAAUUGUGUUUUAUUCUACACUUGCUUCUUGUAAAAUAAAGUUUCGUACGUUAUCGAACGGUGCUAUGAUCUUAUCAAGACCCAAGGAAGUUAACCAACGGGGAAAUCGUGAGCUAAAGGGUCUUAAUAGCUCGAGAAAUGACCGUGCAAAUAGGUCAUUACAGCUUACAUGUGAUAGCAGUGAAAUUACAAGUGGAUUCAACUCAUUAAGAAGAGCAAUUGAACUUUCUAGUAACAAGUUAGAAGUCAUGCUGAGUGAAAUUCUUAAACGGAUUGAUAAUCUAGAGGAAAGAUCUUGUGAUGGCCAUGCUAAGAUUCAAGAUACUAACUUAUCAAUAACUGAUAUGGCAAUGCAAGCCAUGCAAAAUUGUAGAACUAAUCCUAAGUGGAGACAAAGAAUUAAAACUAUGUCUGUCGAGGAUCUGACGAGUGAACAAAUAAAAUCAGUGAAGAAAAUCAUGCUCUCUGGCAAUAAAUUUCCAUCAAAAAUGGCCAUUAGCUUAGCUAAAGUAAUAUAUGGGGAUUUAUUGAAAACUCAUUUGCUGGGAGAAAAUGGUAAAUCUAAGCGUGUUGCCAGAGAUGGUGAGCGUUCACUAGUAAUACCUGAAUCAAUGGAAGAUAUUUUAAGAGAUUUGUUGAAAAAUUUCGAUACAGAUUUAUUUACUGAACAACCUGGCUGGGAUCUACUAGUCAGAGGACCAAUAAAUCAAUCUGGUCGAGAAGUGACAAGAGUCAGAAAUAAAAAGAGAAGAAACGAAUCAGAAACUGAUGAUAAUGAAGAAGCUAAAAGAAUGAAAGCUGGACCUUCUCAACCAGAAAAAUUAAUACAUGAUGAUGAGAUAAAUUCUGAUCAAAGUACUCAGCAUGGCCAUAGUGAUCAAAAUGAUGUUGAAGACUGUGAUCCGCCGGCAAAUUGCUAACACUUUGCAAUUAUAACAAAGUCCCCAAGCGUGGAAGCUUUUCAACAUGUGUUAGAGUUAAAGCGAAUUAAAUAGUGUUUUAAAGUAUUAUAUCUUAUUAUACAAUUAUUUUUUUUGAUAAAAUGAGUUUACCUGGUGAUGCUGAAAUAUUUGGGUUCAAUUCUAUCCAAGGGGCAGCUGUUCAAGAUGAGAACCAGUUGGAAAGCCGGUUGGCAUUAAUAGAUCAGAGACAAACAAAUAUGGAAUUCAUGAUUCGUAGUUUUUCCGGACGAUUGGAUGAGAUCGAAAAAGUACUUGGUAUCGGUUCCAAACAAAAUCAAAUAUAUACAAGUGAUAAAUUUCCAGAAGAGUGGAGCUUACGAACUGACCAAGACUAUGUUAAUUUUGCUAAGACAAAAAUUUCUCAUUUGAGAAAUAACUUUGAGUGGCGAGCUUGCUUCUCAGCAUAUAAGAUGGACGGACUCAAUGACGAGAAAAAAGCAAAAAUUGACUUCAUAUUAACUAAAGGACCCAUCAACAUUUCUAAGAUUGUUAAUACCAUUGCCGUUGAAAUAUUAGGUGUUGAAUGCAUAAAGAACUAUUUGGUUGGAGUGAAUGGCUGCUCUGUAAAGAAGCAUGGCCAUGAUAAAAGACCUAUUUUGCCAAUGGAGGAAGAGAGUAAACUGAGAACCUUUUUUUCACUCAUCGACAAGAUUUUCAUCUCACCAAAUGGCUGGGAAGUUUUGGUUCGUAAACCAAUCAACCAAAUGGGAAGAGAGUAUUUCAGCGGAAAACGAAAAUCAAAUGAGCCAAUCAAACAAGCUAUGUUCAUGCAUUCCUUUUUAAAUAAGCAGCCAUCAAUAGCUACCCAACACAAGAAAGCUAUCGAAAGAAACAAGGAUGAAACAUGUUCAAAUUCCGACACUAUCGGAGACCUUUCGAUGGCCAUGGUUAACCAAUCAAGGUCUGUUGGAGAGGAUAACCAAUCUGCCCAAUCAAUUCCUAGUCCUAAGUCUAGUCCUCUUUCAUCAACUUCUCGCCCAUCUAAUACAUUGAAUAGACUAUCUGGGGUGUUAGAUGGAGAUUUCAUGGAAAGAAUUUACAACAGAAAUUAUACAUAAAAAGUCAAAUUUGCUCAUAAAUGCCAUGCAAUGGCCAUAAAUUCAGUUUAAUUACAUUUAUAUAUUAUCAUCCUAUGUUCAUCAAAGAUCUGAUUACACUCAUAGUAUCAAUAUUCAAUUAUUUCGUUAAAAAACGUUCACUAUUUUGUUAAAAACUUACUGCUAUUCUAGCAAUUCCUUGGUCAGAAAUUUAUGAUUAUUUUGUUUAUUCCGAAUAAAGAAUUUAAAAUGGAACAUUAUGAUUCUUACAUGUCUAGCUCUAUUUCCAUUGAAAUUAUACACGCGAAUACAGUAAAAGCUUUUUUAUAUUUUUUCCAAUAUUUAAGUCAAAUCUUGUAAUGAUUGAUUCAGCACAAGAGUGAAAUCUUGAUCGAAAUCUCGGUUGCUCUGAUCUAUUAACUAUUGUGAUUCUUUAAAUGUUUUCGUAUCGCUCACCUUGAAUCAUAUUCAUACUAACAUAAACAACUUACUGAAUAUCAUCAUGACCAUAGUGUGGACAUUCUAUGUUAUAACAAUCAAUCUAUUUAUGAAUUUAUCUGAAAUCUAUAAGAUCCUCAUUGUUUUCUGAUGGUUGCUUUAAAUGUUUUGAUCAUUUCCAUGAAAUGUUAUUUGUCGUUUCCAAUUAGAGUAAUUAUGGUAUUUUUAUUGAAUCUUUUGAGUCUCUUCCAACAUCUUUCAAUAUCCAUACGAGAUUUAUUAUAAGAAACUUACACUAUUUAUCUCUAGUAAAUACUUUCAACCUAGGUUUCAACACACCAAGAAACUAGUAGUUAGCCACUGCAAAGUCAUAACAUGGGCAAAGUGCAUGGCCCUUCAAGAAUAAUGCUAAAUUUUCA